CCAGUUUCAAAAGUCCGGCUAGUAUCCCGCUUCUCGGUGGACCGGGUGCGUCAGGUUCAUCGCUGUAGGCUGUAACGUUGCUAAACGCAGAGCAAUGUUUGACAUGCCGGCUGCAUACAAUGAUCAGGUUCGAAUCUGAAGUGCAAUGACAACCCCAAGCACUGCAGCAUCAGACGGGGAGAUCCUAGAGGUAAAGCAAGAACCCUUACCUCCUGCGAUCGUGGUUGCUGCUGCGCCGUUCGAUAACUCCUAUGGAGAUGCCGAUGUUAUCCUACGGUCAGCGGACGGAGUGGAUUUUUACCUGCACAAAAACAUCUUGCGGAUCGCGUCUGCCUUCUUCGCAGACAUGUUUUCCUUACCCCAGCCUCUUCCGAAUAGCCCGCCGAACGGCGACAAAGCGAUAGAAGACGCCAGCAGUCGCUCUGCGGAUGCGCCCCCUAUCAUUCCUGUCUCAGAGGAUCAGCAAGCUCUCGACAAUCUCUUGCGUAUGUGUUAUCCGGUGGAGAAGCCUGCAUUCGAAAGUAUUCAGGACAAAUGCUCGCUUCUCCGAGGAACAACCAAGUACCAGAUGGGGGAGGCAACGUCCAGACUUAACAAGGAGUUGACGUCCCUCUGUGCCAGUCGUCCUCUUGACGUCUUUGCCGCGGCGUGGAGCAAGGCCUGGUUAUUGGCACGUUACAGUGAUCAGGGACGUACGGGCAAUUCGAAUGGCCUCUUCCGAACCCAGGCCGAAAAUGCCAUAGACAAUAUGCGACCCGACUAUAUCUCGCAUCCUUUCGAGGACCCAGCUCGUGCGGAUCUGGUCAUUCGGUCUUCGGAUGGUGUCGUCUUCCACGUUCUCCAGAGUUUCGUCAGCUUCGCAUCUCCAGUGAUUGCGAACAUGAUCCGCGAGAAGGCUGCCUCGGAAUCAGACCCGUCCACCGCCCCGACUCACUCGUCCAGCCAAGAUCUUGAACUCCCUGAGGACGGCCGUACGUUGGCCGCACUUCUCCAGCUCUUGGCUCUGCAUAUAUGCCUCCUCUACGAAGCGGCGAAGAAGUACGAGGUUGCUAGAGCAAUGGAGUUCGCGAAGCGUUGCUGCAUGGCGGAUCUUGACUGGAGCCCCGUCCGAGUCUACUUGAUAGCAGCGCGGUUCGACUGGGAGGACGUGAUGAAAGAGGCCGCCUGGCGCGCCGUGCACGAGCACAUCGAGCGCCACGUCCCCGAGAUGGCGACCGCGACUACUGCAACGUACCGCAGGCUCCUCGUCUAUCGCCAGAGAUGCAGGGACAUCAUCGUCACCGCCGUGUUCAAGGCCGCCGAGACACAGCAGGCCUUUGACACUCGGCUGCCGUAUUGGUGUAUGGAAGCGCCGUGGCUGGACGGGUCGGGCGAGAUGCGGUUCUGGAAGGCCAUCCACGCAGAGGCCUGGGAUCGGGCGGAAGAUGCGGAGCGGUUCCCCCCUAUCGAGGACCAGGCCAUCCUUCCUUCCUCGGUCGUGGCGGCGUACAACCUCUGAGUUCAGUUGUGACUCGUGCAUGAUGCAUGAAGAGCGACCCCCCGACGAGCGUAGCUGAGGUAUAACCAGGAGCGUACGCAUUUGUCGAUGACUCUAAGAUUGCAGGAGCAGAGGUAGAAUUCGUAUCUGAAGCCAUGACUGAUGAGUAGGAAGGUCCGUCAGUCAAUAGCAGUGAAGACAAGAUUGGUAGGGCAUGUAGCGGACGUAGCCUGUACCGUGACUC